AUGAACUUAUCUAAACCUUCAUCUACCGCUUUGUACGCUCCUAGCUUUCUUUAUGCUGGGUUUAAUCAAGAUUUUGGUUGUUUCGCAGUUGGGUUGGAUAAUGGGUUCAGAUUUUAUAAUUGUGAUUCUCUAAAAGAAAAGAUAAGGUUGAUAAGUUUGGUCGCUCUUUCGUCUUCAUCAAAUAUGCUAUAUUUGACAAGUCGAAAAAGGUCAUUAAAUAGUAACCUCCAACUUCCAUGCAACUAUGGCAGUUACAAUCAUAAUGAUGCUGCUCAAUUUUCAAUCAUGGAUAGGAGACCAAGUGUAUCAAGAUAA